AUGGCAGAUGUAGCCGAUAAAUUGGCGUAUUUCCAAGCGAUCACCGGUUUGGAAGACGUCGACCUCUGUACUGAGAUCCUCGCCGCUCACGGUUGGGACCUCGAACUCGCAAUCUCUUCUUUCACCACCACUACUUCUCACACAGCCACCGGCACCGGCGGAGGUGAUGAUAAUAAUAACAACCUACAAUCAUCUUCCCAAUCGGAACCGCCGCUUCCUCCGCCACCUCCCGGAUUGGCUUGGAAGAUAAUCAAAUUGCCUGUAUCUGUGAUUUCCGGUAGUCUAGGGUUAAUUUCUGGAGCAGUUGGUUUGGGAUUAUGGGCGGCUGGUGGUGUUCUUUCGUAUUCGUUGGGCUUCAUGGGCUUGGGCUCGGGAUCGGCGACUUCGUCUUCGGCUUCGGCGCCGUUGGUUUCGGUGUCUGCGGCGACUACUGAGGCUAUGGAUUUUGUGGCGCCUUUUGAGAGGGAUUAUGGAAUGGGGAGACCUAAUUUUGUGAGUGAGGGUUUCAUGGACGCGCUUCAGAGGUCGAGGAAUUCGUUUAAGCUUCUCUUUGUUUACUUACAUUCUCCUGAUCAUCCUGAUACGCCGUUGUUUUGUCGGAGGACGCUUUGUUCGGAUGGUUUUGUUGAGUUUGUGAAUCAGAAUUUUGUGUGCUGGGGUGGGAGUAUUCGGGCUAGUGAAGGAUUUAAGAUGAGUAAUAGUUUGAAGGCUUCUCGGUUUCCUUUUUGUGCUCUUGUUAUGGCUGCAACUAAUCAGAGAAUUGCACUACUUCAACAGGUUGAAGGUCCAAAAUCCCCUGAGGAGAUGUUAGUGACACUUCAGAGAGUGCUUGAAGAAAGCUCCCCAGUUCUUGUUGCAGCAAGGCUUGAUGCAGAAGAAAGACGUAAUAAUGCACGCUUAAGGGAAGAGCAAGAUGCUGCAUACAGGGCUGCACUCGAAGCUGAUCAAGCUAGGGAACGGCAGAGAAGGGAAGAAGAAGAACGUCUUGCAAGGGAAGCUGCUGAAGCUGAGAGAAAGCUUAAGGAAGAAGAGGAGGCUCGUGAAAGAGCAGCACGGGAAGCUGCAGAGAAACAAGCAGCAUUAGCAAAAUUACGUGAAGAGAAAGCUCAGUCUCUUGGUGAAGAACCUGAAAAAGGACCGAAUGUUACCCAGGUUUUGGUACGGUUUCCAAAUGGCGUACGCAAGGAAAGGAGAUUCAACAGCACAGUGACAAUUCAAUCAUUAUAUGACUAUGUUGAUUCAUUGGGUUGUUUAGAAGUCGAAAAUUACAGCUUAGUCUCUAAUUUUCCUCGGGUUGUUUAUGGACAAGAAAAGUUGACACUGUCAUUAAAGGAAGCAGGAUUGCAUCCUCAGGCCAGCCUAUUUGUGGAGCUCAGUUCAUGA